GAUUCUGCUGCUCCUCGGAUGCUGUCUGAUCUAUGCUUUUUCAGCACCACACUGAGGACAGAUAUUGGCCAGGAACCGAGGACAGCACCCCUGCUCUUCUUCGCAACAGUGCCUGAGAUCGUUUUGCAUCCGCCCGUCUGGCAGAUGGUGCCUCAAUUUGACUUCUCAUCCAAAAGACACCUCUGACAGGCUUCCAAUGAAUCAGAAUGUCAAAAGUGAGGAGGAAGGUUACUGUUGAAAAUUCAAAGACCAUUUCUGAAAGCACGUCUCGUAGACCCAGUGUGUUUGAAAGGCUUGGGCCUAGCACAGGGUCAAGUGCUGAGACACAAUGCCGUAAUUGGAUGAAAACUGGCCUUUGUCCAUAUGGGAACACUUGUAGGUUUACGCAUGGAUCCUCACCCAGAGCUAAAGGAUAUAGUGCCACAUACAGAAGAUCUCCAGAAAGGCCAACUGGUGAUUUACGAGAGAGAAUGAAGAACAAAAGACAAGAUGUAGAAUCUGAGCCACAGAAGAGAGCCCAGGAUGAGAGUUCAUCUCCAACAAGGAGAGAUGCCUCAAGGAGCAGACACAGGGAAAAAGAAGAUGCUAACCUCAAAAUUACAAAGGAACGCACCCCAGAAAGUGAGGAAGAACCAGCUGAUUGGGAAGCAGGCAGGGAUGAUUCUGAUAAUGGAGAUAUUAACUAUGAUUAUGAUCAUGAACUGUCCCUUGAGCUGAAGCGGCAGAAAAUACAACGGGAGCUGAUGAAACUUGAACAGGAGAACAUGGAAAAAAGAGAGGAAAUAGUCAUCAAGAAGGAGAUUUCUCCCGAACCAGUGAGAACUAAGCACUCCCCAUCUCCAAGAAAGACAAGCAAAUCUCCUAAGCGUAGAACAAGUCCCAAGUUAUCUUCAUCUGGUAAGAAGGAGAAAAAAGGAUCAAGGUUUUCAUCGCCUGUAGGAGACCAACAAAGAAGAUCUUCAAAGGUGCAGCAGGGUAAAAAGAAGGGACCUCGUACUCCAAGCCCACCACCACCUAUUCUCGAAGAGAUUCCUGUAACUAAAAAGCAUAAAGAAAAACUAAGGGCGAAGGAGAGAAUUGAAGAAAAAGCCCGUGAAAGUAGAGAAAAAGGAAGGGAUGUAGAAAAGCACAAAGAGAAAAAAGAAAAACACAGGGAUCAUUCUGAUAGCCUGCAUAGACAGAAGAGGUCUCUAAGUCCCGAGGAACAGUCUGGCAGCACCUCUUCUCGUUCCAGAGAAUAUUCCCCACCAGCAGCAAGGAGAAAAUCAGUCUCUCCAGCUCCACCUAAGUCAACUUCAUCUUCCUCUUCUCGGAAGCAUUCUUUCUCCCCACGUCACAGCAGAUCGCCAUCUUCCCAGCGUCAACAUCAAACUCCCACGGUGUCUAGGCAGCAUUCCCCAUCUUCACGGUCAGCUUCACCUGGAACAAGACAGUCAACAUCACCACACCAUAAACGAUCCUCUUCGCCAAGUUACCAUCCUGCUGUAACACCCUCUCGGAGGCGUUCCCCAUCACCAUAUGCUCCCCGUUCCUCAUCUCCGCAGAGAAAACAUAGCCCAGUAAGACACAGGUCCUCUGGCCAAGAAAAAGGCAAAAAUGAACAGGAAACCUCACCACUACAAGAGCGACGUCGUGAGAAAAGGGAAGAAAGCCGAGGAAAGCGGGAAAGAGAAAAGGAGAGCAAAGAUGGUCGUGACCAGCGGGAUUAUGAACAUGAUCAGCCUACUCUUCAAGAAAGGGAUGAGCGAAUGCACAGGGAUGGCCGCGAUACUCGAAACAGUCGUGAUCGCAAAGAAGUGAAAGACACCAGUGAUCGCAGAGAUUACAGAGAAUCACAUGAGACUCGUGAUACACGAGACUCCCGAGAUUACAGGGACAGCAAAGACUCUCGAGAUCUGAGAGAGCAGCGUUCUGGACGAGAUGCUCAUGACUAUAGAGAAAGCAGGGACUCCCAUCGGAAAGAUGAUCAGUGUCAUGAUGACCGCGACUAUGGUCGAAGUCAUAGCAAAGAUGAAAAUUCUCGUAUUGACUCCAGGGGUGAGGGCAGGGUGGACUCCAGGGGUGAGAGCAGGAUGGACACCAGGGGUGAGAGCAGGAUGGACACCAGGGGUGAGAGCAGGGUGGACUCCAGGAGUGAAGGCAGGGUGGACGCCAGGAGUGAAGGCAGGGUGGACGCCAGGAGUGAAGGCAGGGUGGACUCCAGGAGUGAAGGCAGGGUGGACUCCAGGAGUGAAGGCAGGAUGGACUCCAGGAGUGAAGGCAGGGUGGACUCCAGGGGUGAGAGCAGGAUGGACUCCAGGAGUGAGGGAAGAAUGGAUUCCAGGGGUGAGAUCAGGUUGGACUCCAGGGGUGAGGGCAGGGUGGACUCCAGGAGUGAGGGAAGAAUGGACUCCAGGGGUGAGGGCAGGGUGGACUCCAGGGGUGAGGGCAGGGUGGACUCCAGGGGUGAGGGCAGGAGCGAGGGCAGGGUUGACUCCAGGAGCGAGGGCAGGGUUGACUCCAGGAGCGAGGGGAGGGUUGACUCCAGGAGCGAGGGCAGGAUUGACUCCAGGAGCGAGGGCAGGGUUGACUCCAGGAGCGAGGGCAGGGUUGACUCCAGGAGCGAAGGUAGGAUUGACUCCAGGAGCGAGGGUAGGCUGGACUCCAGGAGCGAGGGUAGGCUGGACUCCAGGAGCGAGGGCAGGGUUGACUCCCGGAGCGAAGGUAGGGUUGACUCCCGGAGCGAAGGUAGGCUGGACUCCAGGAGCGAGGGCAGGAUUGACUCCCGGAGUGAAGGUAGGCUGGACUCCAGGAGCGAGGGCAGGAUUGACUCCCGUAGUGUCAGCAGGCUGGACUCCCGGGGCGAAGGGAGAGGUGACUCCCGGAGCGAGGGUAGGAUGGAAUCCCGGAGCGAAGGGAGAGGUGACUCCCGGAGUGAGGGCAGGAUGGACUCCCGGAAUGAAGGGAGAGGUGACUCCCGGAGUGAGAGCAGGAUGGACUCCCGGAGCGAAGGGAGAGGUGACUCCCGGAGCGAAGGGAGAGGUGACUCCCGGAGCGAGGGCAGGGGUGACUCCCGGAACGAGGGCAGGAUUGACUCCCGGAGCGAAGGGAGAGGUGACUCCCGGAGCGAGGGCAGGGGUGACUCCCGGAGCGAAGGGAGAGGUGACUCCCGGAGCGAGGGCAGGGGUGACUCCCGGAACGAGGGCAGGAUUGACUCCCGGAACGAAGGGAGAGGUGACUCCCGGAACGAAGGGAGAGGUGACUCCCGGAGCGAAGGGAGAAGUGACUGCAGGAGUGAGGGGAGGGGUGACUCCAGGAGUGAGGGGAGGGGUGAUUCUAGGAGUGAUGGCAGGAGCGAGAGCCGGAUUGAUACUAGGAUCGAAAGCAGGAUUGAUGCCAGGAGUGAAAGCAGGACUGACGCGAAGAGUGAGAGCCGGAAUGAUGCCAGAAACGAUGCUAGAAGUGACUCCAGAAAUGAAAGGGCAGCCAGGGGGAGAGGAAGAGGAUCUGACUUAUUGGAAAAGGGGAGCCGUGGAACUAGAAGCACUCAAUUUGAUGCACACAGCACAAGCAGCAGUUACCAUGAAAACUGGGAUACAAGAACUGGAUACACAGACAGAGAUCGAUAUGAUCGAGACCAAAGCAGGGAUGCUUCCUUUGAUAGGCGUGGUCAUACAGAAAGGGAUAGGCGUGAAAAUAGAGAUCGCGAAAGAGACCACACAGCUAGUUCUGCCACACGACACCCAGCACGAACUGAUGAUCAUGACCAUGAGGACAAAAAGGAUGAGAGGAGAUCAGAUCGAGAAGAGAGGAGGGAUGACAGGCUGAGAGAAAGAGAGCGAGAAAGGGAUCGUGACAAAGAUCGAGAUAGAGACAGAGAGCGAGAAAAGGAAAGAGAGUUAGAUCGAGAGCGGGAACGAGAAAGAGCCCGUGAACGAGAUCGAGAGAAAGAGCGAGAGAAAGAACGGGAGCGAGACAGGGGUAAGGAAAGAGAGCGAGAACGGGAAAGGGACAGGGAGAGAGACAGGGACAGAGAGAAGGAGAGAGAGAGGGUUAAAGAUAGGGAUCGGGAAAGGGAGAAGCAAAAAGACUGGGAUGAGAAAGAUAAAGGAAGAGAUGAACGCAAAGAUAAAAAGGACGAUCUGCGAGAAGACCGAGAUUUGCGGGAAGGUCAUGGAGAAAGAAAAACAAGGAAACGGCCUCGAACAGAAAGCAGCCUCAGUCCGUUGGCAAAGCGCGUCCGUGAGGAAUCUCCAGAUAGCGAUACUUACAAUAGUAGUGAUGAGAAAAGUGAGAGCCACCGGUUGUUGAGCCAGGUUGUGCGCCCACAGGACUUCCGGGCCGUCAGUCCGUCUCGUUCAGUCGAAGACAGAACAAGCAGCUGGAAAGAGGAUGACAGGAAGUCGGACAAGAAGGAAGGUGCGAGGCGACGUGAUGACCACCCUAUAAGAGAACGGAUUUCUUCAGGGGACAAGCAGAGGGAGCAUGUUACAGAUACUGCUGAGAGCUCACGAGGCAGAGAAUCAGACAGCACGACUCACCAUGCUGCUGAGGAUAGAGAGGUACUUCUCGCAUUACACGAAUAUGGUAAGAAAAAGACUAAAGGGCCGCGGAAAUUUCAGAAGAGAAAUAGGAGGGAUGAAGAUUAUCUGUCUGACAAAUACAUACCGGAGCCGGUAGUGGAGGAAUCUUCGGUUUUGUCACCUCGAAAACCUCCAAAGAAGAAAAAUGCCGAUAAGAAGCGAAAACGCUCGAAAGGUGAUUCAGAGCCUUCUGAUGAGGAAGUGGGUCAACAAGCCAAAAAGUGGAAAGGGCCCAGGACUCCACCUGUAACACUAAAGGAAGAAUCUGUAGAAGAGGUGUCUGAAAAGAGUGUUGAAGGAAAUGCACAUGGAACAGGGGAUGUGGUCUUCAGUGACUGGUCGGAUGAAGAUGUGCCGGAUCGUGACGAAAGUAUCAUUUCUGACAAGAGCAUUGAUGAAACUCGAAGGAAGAGUCACAGAAGUAAGGUAGAGAAGGUAGAGCUCCCUACCGUGGCAGACGACCGUGUACGUAAAACCGAUGAGCACAAACGAAGCAGCAGCCUUGGCAGUAACCGCAGCCGGACUUCAAGUCGGUUACGAUCGCCAUCCAAUGAAUCCACCCACCGCAGUGGCGAUGACCAGAGUGCUGGAAGGAGGUUACAGCAUGGAACAUCGAGAGACGGGCAGAAGUAUAGAAGCCUAGAGUCUAGUGAACGGAAAUCCCGAAUCGAUCAGCUCAGACGUGGAGAGCCCAGCCGCAGCACCUCCUCAGAUCGUCAAGAUUCAAGGAGUCACAGUUCUAGACGAAGCUCCCCUGAAUCUGAUCGACAAGGUCGCUCCCGCGCUGGAUCCUUUGAGAGUAGAGAAAAGCUUCAAGAGGGUGAACUUGACCGAGAUCGUGAAAGACGAGAGAGAAGGGAAUGGGAACGGGAUGGGGAACACCGAGACUGGGUUAAGACCAGGGACAGAAAUAGAGACCGGCGAAGAGAGGUCAACAAAGAGAGGGAGAAGCCACCAAUAGAAGUAUCUGAUAAAGACAAGGAACGAACUCUGGAGGCUGCUUCCACAUUGGAACAGCCCCGAGUUGAGCCAAGACCAGGAAGAGAAUCUGACAAACAAUUUGAGCAAGUUGAAACUGCAACUGUGUUAAGCAGUGAAAGAGAUGUGAAUGAGUUGGUGAAAGAGCCAGAGAAUGAUGAGAACCAAGCCGAUGAACCCAUUGAUGGCAUUGAAGGUGAGCAAGAUGGGAAAGUCGAUGAUGCGCAGUACUCGGUGUCAGGGUCUUGUGAGGAAUAUGAGCCAAUUAGUGAUGAUGAACUGGAUGAAAUACUGGCAGAUGAUGCAGAAAAAAGAGAAGAGAACCAGGAUGAAGAAAAAAUAUCAGAUCCUAUGGAUGUGAUUGAUGUCGAUUGGUCGAGUCUGUUGCCCAAACAGCCUAAAGAGCCGAGGGAGCCCGGAGCUGCUCUGUUAAAGUUCACACCCGGAGCAAUCCUGUUACGAGCUGGAAUAUCCAAGCGUUUGGCUGGUGCAGAAUUGUUCGCCAAGGUCAAUGAAACUUGUCGGGCUGCCAUGAACAACACCAAAGAUGCAGAAAACCUUUUUGAACAUGAGCUUGGAGCUCUCAACAUGGCUGCUGUACAGAGAAAAGAGGAGAGAGCGAGUUUGCUUAGUAACCUGGGACCCUGCUGUAAAGCACUUUGUUCUCGGAGGGAUCUUGCCAUUCGCAAACAGCUAUUAAGAAAUGAAAGAGGUAUAAUAAAGCAGAUGUACGCAAAUCAACCAGUCGUGGACAAUGACCUUCUGAGAUCAAGCCUUCGGUUGUUCAAACGCAAGGCAUUAUGUCGUGGUUCUGGACAGGAAAAAAGUGAUGAGACCAAGAUUUCUCGACCAAAGGUUAAACAAGAAGUUUGUGUUACAUAAAAUUUUAGCCGCAUCAUGGAUUGAGUUUGAUUUUGAUGAAUCUGUAUAUAAAGAAUUGGACCCGAUACCUGAACAAUUGGAAGGAUACUGUGUGCUUAUUGACAAGCCUGACUCAGGACUGUAAUGGUCAGACUUUAAAGUUCUAGCUUUCAAGAGUAUUUGUUUUAGAAGUUCUGAUUGCCUUGUCAGAUACUUUUCUAUGUACUGGACAAGUGAAUGUUUCAUUUUUGCAGUACAGUUUUGAAGUCUUUAAUAAAACCUUGUCAGCUUUGUGCUUUUUUUUUGUUUAAAUGCGUUUUUUUUUUGUUUAAAGGCGUAUUCAAAAGGAGGUGAUUCUUAGGAAUUAAAUCCAAUCACAAUUUAGUAUCUUACCAUUGUGUGUAAUGAUCAUUGAUUUUUCAGCCUCGGUAAUGUUCAGAAAGGUGAAUGCUUUUGUGUGUCAAAUCUUUAUACGAAGUAUUCCAAGGCACAGUCAACUGCUUCUUCUCGUCCAGGGGUAUUUACAACCUUGAAAGAAGGAAAUCUUACCAACUAAUGAAUAAAUAAUGUUCACUUCAUUUAAUU